GAAAGAUUAUGAAGAGAAGAGACCGAGAUAUGUCGUGGUCGUCGCCGCUCCAUUUUUCAAGCUUUUCUUGUUCUUCACUCUCCUCCUCCUCCUAUAUCUGUAGAUUAGGUUCUCGCAAUCCAGUCGGGACUGAACUCAACUGUAGAACUGUUGUCAAUUCUGGUUAUUCUUCAAGAAUCGUCUGCUCCAACAGCGGCAUCAAUGAAAUAGUUGAAAUCUCACACAACAAGGUCUUGAUUGCAGCUAGUAUCUCCGCCGUCAUUGGACAGAUGUUGAAGCCUUUCGCUUCGUCAAUUCUAUACGGAAAAAAGAGAAGCAAAUUCGAUCUGAAAACUGUGUUUCAAUCUGGAGGAUUUCCUUCUACACAUUCUUCGGCAGUCGUGGCCACUGCAACCUCCAUCGGCCUUGAAAGGGGUUUCUCAGAUUCCAUAUUUGGUUUAGCUGUUGUCUAUGCUUGCCUUAUUAUGUAUGAUGCCCAGGGAGUAAGGAGGGAAGUAGGGAAACAUGCAAAAGUACUAAACAAGCUUAUAAAAGAGAAGAGGCGAUUCGAUGAUUGGGACUUGAGAUUGAGCCCAAACGAUAGGUUUGGAGAAGUAACCAGUUGCAGCAGCAGAGUAUCAACAAAAUUGAAGAAGGGAAUCGUCGGUGAAGAAGGAGCUUCUUCGGCUGGUGAUGGUGAGGAGAAAAUGGUGGUAGAGGAAUGUGAACAGAAAAGUGAUCAUGAAGGUAUGUUAAUGAAGGAAUCAGUUGGGCACACUGAGAUUGAGGUUAUGGCUGGUGCUCUUCUUGGGCUUCUGGUAACCUUCACUCUUUAUGCUUUUUAACAUGAUCAUUCUCAUUUUUUUAUUUUAUUUAUCAAAUUAGACAGGAAGAUAUCAUAUUAAUUUGUCCAUAACCAUUGUCAAAUUUACAAGGAAUUUCAUUGGACUUGUUUGCAUAUGUACUUGAAUGACAAACUGUAAAUUUUAUGCA